AUGUCUAACCUGCAUCAGAUUGUGACGAGCACCGGCUCGAAUCUCAUCGACGUCGGCGCGGUGGCCCAGGUCGAAUCCCCGAACGGCAUCACCCAAAAACGAAGUGCCUCCGACUUCAAGCGCCAGCUGGACCCCGAAACAGGCAUUGUGGUGCUUGCUAGCGAUGCUUCUCACGUGAGCAAGGCCAACCUGAGCGAAAAGGACAAACAGGUGGUUUCCAAGCAUGUCGGCAAGUUUGUGGAGCUGGUUGCCAAGGAGUCCAACGUCAAGCCGGUGGGAAAACUGGUGCAGAACUUUUCCGAGAUUCAGUCGUAA